AUGUUCUUUCUUUAUUAUUUCGUCGUUUUAUGGUCUUGUCAAGUAAGUGCUAGCCUUUUGGAUCCCAGUCUGAUUAGUAAAAAACUUCAAAACUUUGCCCGAGAUGCGCUCGCCGUGGAAGAGAUGCAGGUAAGAAACCCUUAUAUUGUUCUAAGAAAAUCAGUUCACAAGUCGCAAACUUUUACGAAUGUGUUAACAGCAUGAAACUAAGAAGUGUAUGAACUGUUAGAAAAAUAAUGUGGGUUGAGAAAUUGUAUGUGGCCUAGCACGCCACAUGUCCUUCGCAGCUCUGUGGUGAGAGCAUUCGACCGGUGUAUGGAAGGUCAUAAGUUGAUGUGUUAUAAGUUCAUGUGACAUGUUAAUCAAAACAUUUCUAUUUUCUUCACCGAGCUUAAAAUUUACCAUCUUUCUUUAUUUGUCAGAUAUUUUUUGAUGUUAUAUAGCAGGAAAUGUUUCCCAGCAGCACGCGCUCUCAUUGGUUACUUCGAGGUCACAUGACAUCUAACCGAAUGAUACUGUUCCUUGCCAAAAUCUCUGAGCGGGCAACAUUGCAAAAUCUAUGACGUCAGGGGAUAACGGUGCCCUGUUACCCGCAAAUGUUGACCGACGACCGACGUUAGAGAGGGAUUUUAUGAAUUCCCAGCUUCAAAAUUUCCAGUUAUAUAACAAAUAACUUAAAGAAUGGUCCCUAGGGGAAUCAAUUAAUUUUGUUUCUUUCGAAUCUCAAUGUUUUCCUCAGUUCCGCCUAGGAAAACAUUCAGAUUCUCGGGAAACAAUAUUAACUGUUUCCCCGUUUUUCCCUGUUUCUCUACCAUUCAUUAGUGUUUAUUAAAUAAGGCUUGAAACGCCGUAUACUUAGAGUUUUCCAAUACUGGAUGUGUUCUUAAAAUGCUGGCUUCUUGUUGUAAACCCUUCAGAAUAUGUCAAGAGCAAUAAUGGCACGAAAAAUAAAGUAAGCUUAUUUAUCGAGAGAGACGACAAGUCACUCUAAAUUCCAAAAAUAAUUUGUUUUCUUAAUAUGCAAGCCUACGUUUUCAGGUUAGCUAUCAUUUAAACACCGGAAGGAUUUUUAAUGAGAUUGAGCUCCGAAUUUACUUACGACUUUCCUUCACCCUUCACCGUCCCUAUUUCCAAGUAGUGAAUCUCUGUGGAAAUAAAACUAUUUUAUUUAUUCAGUUAGGCUAAAUAAAACGGAAAAAGAUAACCAGGUGAAAUAAAAAUAUAAAAAUGCAACUCUUUUGUCAUAUAAUCGGAAAUAGGAACUUAAUACAUUUGCGUACUCAUAUAAAUGCUUGUCUCUGUGCAAACGGACGCAACAUUGUUGGCUGCGUUACAAGUCCGUUUGCAUACCCUCAGUUUUAUGCCGUAGCGCGUUGUUAUUUUGUUAUGUCGUUAUACUGUUAGUCAUUUAUUUGUUCAGGGAUCGUCGAAGCGUAGCGCGACAACAUUGGAUCAGUUUUCACAGUUGUUCCAAAAAUGUUGGGGACACGCACGCGCAUUACACUGUCGAAUUUUAUGGGUCGUAUCUUUUGCAUAAUUUCCUAAAAUCCCCUUUAUGAGCACUGCCAAGACUAUCCAAGAACUCCCAACAAUCUCGGGCCAACAAGCAUUUCUUCUUAUUGUUUUAGAUAUAUCUGGACAAACUUCAGUUCAACAGGCAGACCAUAACUGGGCAGGACGUUCUUCCAUCUCUAGCUGUCAAACUUGCAGACAAGCUCAAAACGAGGUUUGCAGUAGCACAAAGGCUGAAGAAAGCAGUUGAAGACUCGUACAAUGGAGCUGCAAAUCCAAAUCCAGCCACGGAAUGCUGCAAGGUCGAGAAAACUGGACUCAAGUACGACGUGAGGUUCCGUUCUCUAGUGGACGUGAACAAUUUUUGUGCUCAGAUUUCUAGUACUGCUUCACCAAACCCUGUACACUUAGAUGAAAGCGUUCUUUUGGAAAUGAAAGCUAUUGCGAAAACAUAUCCUUUUAUCAAAUGGCAGUACUUUGGUUCAGAGGAGGGUAUGCUGACUGCCUUUCCGGUUUACUUUAACGAAAACGAUUGUUCUAAAUACGACCCUCGAUACAGACCGUUUUACGUAGAAACCGCUUCUCCGGAAGCCAAGGACGUGGUAUUGAUUAUCGAUACAAGUGCAUCCAUGAUUGGAGAGAAACUUGUCAUCGCCAGAGAAGCUGCAAACACAGUUUUGGAUACAAUGAAUCCCAAGGACCAUGUAAGUAAAAACUUAGAUAAUUACGAAAAGAUUGAAACUAUCCCUAAAUGUAAACGUUUUGUCAUCGCCAGCAUCAACGACGCCAAAGCAAGUAAGUAAGUAAGUAAGUAAUAACUUUAUUUAACCACGGAAUCCUUAUCACUAAAAAGUGUUCUUCUAAAGAGCCGUGCACAUUAAACUAAGACUUAAAAAUAACAAACAUUAUUGAAAAAGUCCUAUAAUAAAUGCUUACUAAGAAAAUCUUAAUGUACAAUAGCGGAAUAAAAACAAUUUAAAGUAGUGGCCUGCUUAGCCUUAGCUGACAGGCUGUUCCAUGUUACUGCGCCCCUAUAACGAAAACUUUUCUUUAGGGCGUCAGUGUUCGGUCGCGGAAUAAACAGGUUAUGUUGCGCACCUCGAAGAUUAUGCUUGUGAAUGGUAUUAAUGCUGGCGAAUUUAUCAGACAGGUUUUCGGGUACAAGGUUAUUUACAGUUUUAAACAUUAAAGAUUUCAGUUGCUUAGCACGUCUGUCAGCGAGGCUAUCCCAUUUCAGGGCAUGAAGAAUCGGGGCAGAGCUGGCAUCCCAGCUAGACCCUGUAAUUAUGCGUGCAGCCCUGUUUUGAAGCUUCUCUAGUUUUUGGCUGAGACCAUUACCGGUACAGCCCCAGACAGCGCUGCAUAUAAUCGAGAUGCGGAAGAAUCAAUGACUUGUAAACAGUGACAAGGGUACUCUGGGGACAUAUUGAUGGUCUUAGCCUCCUCAGGGCAGCUAGUACUUUUGCAACUUUACCGUUGACUUCGGAGAUGUGAGCCUCCAACGAGAGUGUCUCAUCAACCUGAACGCCUACGCAUUUGUAACUAUUGACUCUUUCAAUUGAAUGCCCGUCGAGGGAUAUAAGUGGAUCGCUAGGGAGCAAAGAGAUUUUUUGCCUCGUGCCUGUAAACGGACAUUUAGUCUUGAGGACAUUAAGACUUAGACGGUUAGAAACGAGCCAUUGCUUCAGAUUGCCCAAAUCAGGAGUCAGGGAUGACAACAAAUCAUUAGGGUCUUUGGAGGCAAACGUGAGAUUAGUGUCAUCGGCGCACAUUCUCACAUCCGAUAGGAGGUCACAGUUAGGGAGAUCAUUAAUGUAUGAUAGAAAUAGUAGGGGGCCGAGGAUUGAACCUUAAGGCACCCCACAACCUAUGAAGCUAGUUUCGGAAUUUAUGUUGUUUAUAACUGUAACCUGAGUUCUAUCUGAGAGGUAGUCUCGGAAAAGAUUGAGACUCACACCUUUAAACCCAUACAGCUCCAAUUUUGACAGAAGGAUCUUUUGGUCAAUAGUAUCAAAAUCCUUUUUAAAGUCAAUAAACAGAAUGGCAUUUGUCAAACCAUCGUCGAUAUUGAGAUACCAGUUGUCAGUGAUGUCAAUAAGAGCUGUAAGGGUCGAGUGCAUAGGUCUAAAGCCAGACUGAUAUUUCGAAAGAACUUAUUAUCAUUUAAAUAUGAAUAAACCUGCUUAAAGAUGGCUUUUUCAAAGAGUUUGACAAUUACAGAAAGCACAGAAAUUGGCCUGUAAUUGGCUGGGUCAACUUUCGAGUCAGCUUUGAAAAUUGGAGUUACUCUAGCACUCUUCCAGUCCUUGGGAAUAAUUCACUUAGAAAUAGCUAAAUUAAAAAUAUGUGUAAGGGAAGACGCAAUGGAUGGAAAUGAAAGCUUUAAGAGGCAAGUUGGAAUACCGUCGAGGCAAUCAGCCUUACCCACAGGAAUAUCAUUCACAAGUUUGCGCAGUCCAUCAAUAGUCAGUAAUUCGAGCUCGAAGGUGCUAUCACACGGUACUACAAAAUCACGAAAACUGACUCGAGGGGGAUUUAUGUUCGCCGCUAAGUUAGGACCAAUAUCGACAAAAUGCCUGUUGAAAGCAUUGCUUAGCUCAUGAGGGUCAGUUAUCACCUUGUCACCAAUAAUCAAUUUUGACACCGGAGCAGAGUUUUUCUUUCGCGAUAAUAAUGUAUUAAUUCCAUUCCAAGUCGCUUUAGCUUUCCCAACGUUAUCCUCGAAAAACGAAUCAUAGUAAUUCUUUUUGGAGGCCAAAGCAAUUUAUCGAGCCUGAAGCGAAAAAGGUCCUUGCAAAAAAGCUUUCGACAUUUCGACCACAACUGGCCUGCGCCAGGUGCGUCUGAAGCACAGCCAUUGCCAACUGGAAAAGGCCUGUAGUACGUAUGCAGGACGUAGCUUGGGUUUGGGUUCUCCAUCUACGUUUCAUAUUUUGGCCUUAUUUCGUUUGAAAUUCUCAAUAUUAUUUUUAAUUAGUAACUUGCAAUAGAAUCUAACAGCAAUUAAGGCUGUAAAGUCGAAACCAACCAGAAGCGAAGACUAGACGUCCAACUUAUAAGAGGCCCUUGAUUGUAAGAGACCCCAGCUACAGCUUAAUAAUAUCAUUAUUAUUAUUAUUGUUAUUAUUAUUAUCAUUAUCAUUAUUAUUUGUAUUAUAUCAUGACCAAUGUUAUCAUUGUAACUAGAUUAUUAUUUUCGAAAACAGCCCUUUAAUUUGAUGACAUUUUGUGAUCACAGGUUGGAAUUGUAUCCUUCAACACUAAAGUCACAACCCCUGGAAUCUAUGGUGGAAAAACCACGUGCUAUAAUCAACGGUUAGCACUUGCAACUCCUGAAAACAUCGACUGUUUGAGAAGCUAUGUUGGUGGUCUUGUUUCUUAUGGUAAGAUUAAUUGAAUAGUAUGUGCAACUAUCUCCCGAUGGCCGAGCUGGCCAGUAUAUUGGUGCAAAAAUUACAUCCCGAGACGUGAAGCGUCCACGUAUCUAUCUAGCCCUAUGCUCCGACCCUGAUGGAGAUAGUUGUUUUAAGUAUUUACCGAAUCAGUUUAACAUGAAAAUGGAAGUAACUUUUGUAAUAAAUGACGCCACUUCGUAAAGGAUUUGUUUACGUUUUAAUCGACGGUGUUUGGCGGAUAAAUUUUCGGGUGCAUUUUCCCGAGUUUUGUUGCCAGUUCAAUAAGAAAAUAAUUUUAUUUUAAUCAGCAAACACUGACGAGCCAAACUCAGUCUCUUUCUGGCUAUUUUGGUCAAACUGCUUCAUUAAUUGCUAAAAUGUUUUCCUCUGAAACUGUCACGAACCUAUACGUCAUAUUAGCUAGAUAAAGCACCGCGCUAACGGUGAACCCCGAACGUUAGCUAGCCGUUCCGUCCGCUGUGUGUUUGUUUAAGCUGCCUGUUUACACGCCGAAGAACUGCAAACUAUGCACAAAUAUGUUCAAAAAUUGUCUAAAAUAUUUGAAAAUUAACUAGAUAUUAACUGAAUGUUUCAACAUUUCUUAAUUAAACUUAAACUCAGUAAAAUACGUAUGAUACAAGGCAAGUCUUCUCUGUCGCCAUUCACNGCCAGUAUAUUGGUGCAUUACAUCCCGAGACGUGAAGCGUCCACGUAUCUAUCUAGCCCUAAGAUCCGACCCUGAUGGAGAUAGUUGUUUUAAGUAUUUACCGAAUCAGUUUAACAUGAAAAUGGAAGUAGCUUUUGUAAUAAAUGACGCCACUUAGUAAAGGAUUUGUUUACGUUUUAAUCGACGGUGUUUGGCGGAUAAAUUUUCGGGUGCAUUUUCCCGAGUUUUGUUGCCAGUUCAAUAAGAAAAUAAUUUUAUUUUAAUCAGCAAACACUGACGAGCCAAACUCAGUCUCUUUCUGGCUAUUUUGGUCAAACUGCUUCAUUAAUUGCUAAAAUGUUUUCCUCUGAAACUGUCACGAACCUAUACGUCAUAUUAGCUAGAUAAAGCACCGCGCUAACGGUGAACCCCGAACGUUAGCUAGCCGUUCCGUCCGCUGUGUGUUUGUUUAAGCUGCCUGUUUACACGCCGAAGAACUGCAAACUAUGCACAAAUAUGUUCAAAAAUUGUCUAAAAUAUUUGAAAAUUAACUAGAUAUUAACUGAAUGUUUCAACAUUUCUUAAUUAAACUUAAACUCAGUAAAAUACGUAUGAUACAAGGCAAGUCUUCUCUGUCGCCAUUCACUAACUUCACUGUAAAUGGACAAAAUGUACAGAGGAUCAAAGUUUUCAUCUUUUUUUCGCUCGAAUUUGAAACUCUUUUAACUUUGCAAACAGUAAAUGUAAAAGAGGGAUGAUAAGCGGAGUGUUAUCCAUUCAAAAUAAUUCCUGGGUUUAAAACAAAGCUAAAACAUGCUUACCUCCAUCAACGUUAAGUUCCUCUUUGAUAGUUCAAGUUUAGGGUUGUUCAGCUCCGCAAAUAUUCUCCAAAGAGCAGAUGUCGCCCUUCUAGUUGUGUUCUUUCUGUUCUCGCCAUGUUUUUAGCUAUAAUUUCGCUUAGUUAUUACUCUUGAAACGAGUGAAAUUUCCGCCUUUUUUUGUUUCAAAAACCAAAACAACUCAACCUUGUCCCCAGGUCUUCUCGUCUUAACCUGCAAGAAGGCUGCAUUUUUGACGUCAUCGGUUCAUUAAACGCAACAUUCUUCCAAAUUUGGUCAUCAGGAGCUGGUUAUGGUGAAUUAUGCGGGUGCUUUUAGCCGAUCACAAUCAGGAAAAUAUUUUCAAUGAAUAGUAGUAGCUGUUAACGGCAAUUAAAGGAAAAACUUGGUCACGUGGUACAAAUUCACAUUUGCCGUUUGGCGUAAACCUGAAUCUUAAUCUCUCUUUUAUGUAUUCACGUCCUCCUUGAGUUGAAACGGCGGCUGGCAAACGCAAACGCGUAGAAAGUAAUGUCACGUGACCCUCUUUUCCGCUCGCGGGAAAAAAUGCUCGGUGCUUCAUGUCUCUAUUAACUCCUGUCCUAAACAGAAUAACCUAGACUAAGGUUAUUCAGUGUUAUGGAAACCAAUAUGGAUGACACGCAUUGAUUCCUUCAACUGAAAGUUUUUUUUCUCACUAUGAUCAUUUAAAAAAACUUAACCGAGGCAUCUUCUGCGUUUGUAGGAAAAACCAAUUACAGGUUGGCUUUUGAAAAGGCUUUUCAGCUUCUGAAGGAGACAGCAUCUGAAAAUACGAAUAAACAGGUGCGUAAAGUUAUACUGUUUCUCACAGACGGAGCACCCUCCGAUGAAAAAAGAGCAAUAUUCCAAACCAUAAGAGACAGGAAUCUGGAGCUCAACAACUCCGUGGUCAUAUUAACGUUUGGAUUCGGUGGUGUAGAUCAGGAAACAAUUAACAUUCUUCAAGAUAUCGCCCUGCAAAACACAGCAAAGUAUGGGGUUCCGUCAAAUGCUUCAUUUGGAGACGUAACGGUAAGAUUGUCCAUGUUGAUAGUAUCAUUCUGCACAUUUUUGUGUCCAUAAAGAGGUCACGAUUUAUCAUUAAUCUUUCCCACGUUUAAAAAGCUUCAAAACAUGUUUAUCACUUGCAGCAUAAGUAGUAGGCGCUGCUAAGUUCCUGAAAACCAAACAAUUAAACAGUAAUAUAUUCAUAUAACGUGAAAUGAUCAUGUGGGAGCAGGCAACGAAAGAACGCAGCCAGGAAAUCUAAUACUUUUAGUUUUGUUAAUGGAUGCCCUUGAAAUAUAGUUUUCCAUCAGUUAGUGAACAUGAUGGUAGAAAUGAAAUGUGGAACGAAGACGGUUAGUUACUCUCACGAUAUCAGCCUAUCAAAGUAAAUAUCUGCGCGUGGUUAUGGCUUUUCACUUAUGUUCUGCUAUCUUUCAAGGAAGUUUAAUAUUAAGACAGUGUCCUUCUGAGGACUUGAUUACAGUGCACUAGGGAAAAUCUUUCAAAUGAAAAGAAGGGAAUCACUGCUGCAAUAAUUAGCAAUUAAUGAAUUCGGCUUUGGUAGGAUAUGAAGAAUUAAGCAGAUCGAGGAGAUUAUUCAUUCAAAAUAAUCCCUAGUUUAAAAACAUAGCUAAAACAUGCUUACCUGCAUCGAUGGUAAGUUCAUCUUCGAUAGUGUACGUUUAGAUUUUUCCAGCUCUGCAAAUAUUCUCCAAAUAGCAGAUGUCGCCCUCCGAGUUGUCUUCCUGCUGUUUUUGCUAUGUUUUUAGCUAUUAUUUCGCCUACUUCCAGCUGCAGUUCUUACUCUUGAAACGAGUGAAGUAUCCGCCAUGUUUUGUUUUCGCAACCAAAACGACUCAACCUCGUCCCCAGGUCUUCUCGGUUAAUGGUGCCUUAAGCUGUAGCGGGCAGCAUUUUUGACGUCAUUUCCUCGUGAAACACAAAAUUCUUCCAAAUUUAGUCAUUAGUAACUGGGUAUGGUGAAUUAUGCGUGUGCUUUUAGCCAAUCAGAAUUGGGGAAAUAUUUUGAAUGAAUAAUUAUAUAACUUUACAUUCCUGGAGGUCAUUUUUUCUAGGAAUUGGCCUGAAUGAUUGUCAAGUAAGGAAACACAACUUAACUUACUUGUUAUCUCACUUUAGAAGGGAAAAUACAUAGCUGUAGAAGACAUCAAAACCCUCAGAAGCAAAAUGGGCUCGUAUUAUAACUUCUUUGCUACCGGAAAGGAACUUGAUCGACCAGUGGUUUCUGUUCCAUAUGUCGAUGCUUUUGGAACAGGUUAGCUUUUGUUUGUUUGUUUGGUUGGUUGGUAGUUUUUCAUUACGCUCAGAUUCAGUCACUUUGUUGGCAAGUAAACAGCUAUAGAUUCUCGAGAAAAAAUGGGGAAUUUCCUCAUUCAGUUAUUGCCAAUUUAAGUUGUGAACGAUAACUUUGAUCAGGAUUCACUGGCUCACAUGAUUAAUAAAUGCAAAAUCAGCUAUUUGGUUCUUUGGGAUGAUUAUGUGUCCAAAGACAACCGUCGAUACAUUAGUAUAGUAAGUUUUUCGAUGCAAAACAAUAAUUGGUGUUCUUUGAAUUCAAGAUUUGCAUUGAUGUAACGAAAUACUGGCACCGCUACACAUGUGGUGUACUCAUAGCCCGAAUCUUCACGCUCUUUUAAAAGCCUUCCGUCCAAAACGAAACCCGCGCACAAAGCAUGUUGGGAAUACUAGAAAGUUGUUUGUUUUCUUAAACGACUUAAACAGCCCAUUAAACAGCCCAUUUAUAGGCAGAUCGUGAGGUUCUCUGUUACUUCCUUAAAUUAAAAUAUACGUUACCUGCAAUAUCACGUAAUGUCAUGUGAUGGUGGUUAGUAAGGCUAUAUAUGGCACUUUAAGUUCGGCAGAACGCUUUUACUGGAGUGUAUGGGCACCUUCUGUCGUAGCAUGUAGUAUCGGUAUAAAACCCGUCAGAGUUCUUUGUUAAAUUUGUUGUUGUUGUUGUUUGUUUGUUUGUUUUUUUUUUCACCUUUUAGACCUCUGACGGUGCAGUAAGUUCAAUAAAUUUCCAAACAUUUUGACAUUAUUGACCAUUAUAAAAACUUAACAUCAAUUUAUUCAGUGACAAUUUAUGUGAAAUUAAAACAAAAGAUUGUACCCCGUCAGGAAGAUCCCAUCGUAAACUACAGCACCGUUUUUAUCUUUGAUGUUUGCCGCCUUUAAUAACCAGUCUUCUCCUCUAAUUAUGGUCGUAGCCAUAAGGUCUCUAUGAUAUUUUGGUAAAAAAUUAAUGAAAUCAACAAACCAACUUUUUACUUUGAGCUAUUUCAUUCACUUAUGAUAAUUUUAUUUUCUUACAGGACUCUUAAUGUCAAUAACCCUUCCUUGUUACCACAAAGGGAAGUUCAUUGGCGUAGCAGGGACUGACAUCAACAUCGAGGACUUAGUUUCUGAUAUCGAUUUAUUAAAGGAAGGACAGAUUGCGUAUGCUUUUAUGACCAGUAAAUCAGGAAGAACCGUUGUUCAUCCUCUCCUCCCAGCACCAACCGACGUCUAUGGAGACCCUGUGUAUUUGGAUAUACGUACAUUAGAGCCAGAAGCAGAGUUCAAAGAUGUGUUUAUCUCAAUGAAAACGUAUGGGGGCUAUUAUUUGGUAGCAUUAAAAAAAAGAGUUGUGGUUUUUUUUUUUCUUUUUUAAGGGGAAUUGGGGGAAGGGGGGAGGGGUGUGGGGUAAUAAAAGAUUACAUUUAUCGAUUUAGCCGGACGCAAUCUUAUUUGCAAACAGUUAUAAAAGCCAGCAGAGAAAGUUAAAAUAUAUCUUUCUUAGGGACCAAAGAUGAAAAAGAGGGGCUAAGGGGACUUUAGCCUCCCUUCCCCUUCUCCCACAUAUUCUUGGGUUGCACGUGACGUCACCAAAAAUCAAACUAAGAAACUAUCGACUCUUCUGAGUUUCCACUUUCACGAGGUAUUACAGUACCUGAACAUCUUUACAUAAACAAAUUUUUGGUUCGAAAGGGUUCUUCGUUUUGCGAGAGAGGACGCUUGAAUUUCCAGGCUUUUGCGUGACGUGGCACUUAGGUGGCGGCAGGAAAGCUCUUAUGAGGGUUAAAAACAUUACCGAUUUUGGGAGAUUUUGCAAUCUAAACAUUCCUUGUCUCAGAAUAAAUAUUACUGUAUCUUUAUGAGUUCUUCAAGCGAAGAAUUCACGCAUUAGUAGGAAAACUCGAAAACAGAUGUUUCUGUUGGUAUCCGGCGGCCAUAUUGGUGUUCUGAAAGGGACACCAACAUGGCGUUUCCAUACAAAGCUUUAUAAAUUUAGGUAAACCGUUUUUCCCAAUAUCUCGCAUUUGAAAUAUUUCACAGACCUGAUUCUUGGCAAGGGUUUUUGUAUAUUUACCUUUUUUCAUUUCCCAGAUUCUAGUCCUUCUGUAUUGAAUGGUUUGCAUUUUUAUUUUUCAUUGCGUGACAGUGCAAGCCGAGAAUUUUGCAUCAUCAGAUUAAGAACCCGUUAAAGGGACUUCCACUAAAUUUUCAUUCACGGUUCUUUACUUUGCUCUUUUCUUUGUUUCUUCAAAUGAUUGGUUUUGUAAUACUUUUCUUGCUUUCUUUUAUUCACGCAAACGCCUUUUGGAAAACCAUGAUGCUCGGCGCUGUUUUCUAGGUCGUGGCUGAGCCGCAACAGCGUCAGGCACGACAUGUAGAUGAAGAUUCAGGGAGCCAUUUUACCUCCAUGGAUAAUGAAACCUAUUCAUGCCUUAGUUGUUUUGCUUUCUUCAAAAGGGGAAGCUUGGAGCGCCCUUCUUAAUUACUUCAAAAUGCCGGGGGGAGGGGGGACUUGAGGGAAGUUUGGGUGUGGGAGAGCCGCCAAGGCCUUCAAACUCUGACCCUGUUUAAGACAAGAUCCGUUCAUUUUUCUACCCCGUUUAAGACAAGAGACUGUUUUUUAUGACCCUGUUUAAGACUGUAGUCCAAAUGCCCUGAUAUUUUCUUUUUAGAUAGUAUAAAAUACAAUACAAAAUGUGGAAAAAUAUCUUUAUUUAAUUUGCUUUGGAGUCACAUACAAAAAGCUUUUUUUGAGAUUACUUACAGAGCAAAAUUAGAUUAUUCUAAAAUACUCAAGACUCUGACUCAAGACUCAAGACCCUGAAAACCAUACCUUGUUCAGCGACGCAUUCCCGUAUUGGUCAAAUAAGGGAGUGCCCCCCUUCCCCUAGCGGUCAAAAUGACACAGAAUAAUGUAAUAUACUUAGGAAGCCGGGUGAAGUGAACACUGUUGAACAUUGAACCCAUAUACUAGAAAUCAGCGUUUCUGAGAGACGUUAAGAACUUUCACUGUAUCAUAUUAAGGAUUAUAGAGAUUCCUAACAUUUAUAUUUUAAUUGUACGCUUUAACUUCUUUUAGUGGAAGGUCUGGUUCCAAGACCUUUGUUGCCAAACGCUUUUUACCACGAGGAGGGGACGUCAGGGAAGGAGUGGAAGAGAGAAAAGUAAAUUCCACGUACAGUUGGACCCAGGUAGAGGGCACCGAAUUUACCCUUGGUGUUGUUGUACCAGUAGCUUAUGCGAAGGAGAAACUCAAGGCUGCCACAAUUCCUAAAGGUUAGUUUGUUCGAGAGAGUGAGCGCACGAAUUACUGUGUAAUUUUCUAUUGCAGUCAAAACUCCUUACAACGGAAACCAACAGAAAGAGCCGAGGCCGUCCACAUUGUAGAGGUGUCCAUGAUUAUAGAGGUGAAAUGGAGUUUGGUAUCUUGGGAACGAAAAAAAAAUUUAUUGUAGGGUGGUGUCCGCUUGAAGAGAUUUGACUGUACUCCAUGGGACCAGUGCGUAUCCUUUAUUGUCUUACGCGAUAGAUCGAUCCUUACACGCAUUUUUAUACUUUUGACUCUGGGGGGCCAGUUAGCAAAUGUCCAUCUACACAUCAUGAAGUCAUACACAGAACACGUAAAACUUCAAAGUGACAUGACCGAAACAAGCACGUCGGUGAAAAAUUGUUGAGACAUUGUACUCAAAUAGGGUAACUUCAGAGAGCAAAACAGUCCACACUACUAAACUCUCCCCUCCAUUCAAUUGUUUUCUAUUGGUAGCUCGAACAGCGGCACAAGAUUCCAUAGAGGGAAUGGGGGAGGAAAAGCUUUAUUUUCCCCUUUUGAAGUCAGUAAAACGUUAGAAAGCCCCUUUAGGGCGAAGUGUCUCAACUAAUUUUGUCGCCAGUUGUAGGAUAUAUCUAGCUUUCAACGAAGUUUUUGAUUGUGGCGCCACGUUCGUGCCCUCAACCAUGCAAACGUGGGGAGUGUGUACAUUGUUGCUGAUUGGCAAUUUGCCAAGUAGUCCUAACAAAUGUGUAACGGUUACCGUAUAUAAGGCUUUUUUUCUUAACUGAAAAGACGAAAAUUGGUUGGAACUUUCACUGAUUUUGUGAGAUACAUGGCAAGAAAGAAAUGUCCUAAAAUAUUUCGCUUUGACUGUAGCUCAAGAUAAAAGUCAACGUCUUAAAUUGAUUAGACGUCUCUAAAAGCCUUUUUCAAAGACUAAUUUGGGAAAAUAUUGGCUUGAUUAAGGAAACCUUUGCUGACAGUCGUUUUUGGUGUUUUUGUAUAGCUGGUCUGUGUGGUUUUUAAGUGGUCAACCUUUCAAGCCAGAGAAUCUCGAAAUUUCAUUUUAAGUACAAAAUUACAACGUGCUCUUGUGAAAAUGCUUAUACGCUGAGACUUUCCAAUUUCCCGUCCGCAUACGCUUCGAAAUAAGUUAUGUUUGGAUGAUAAUUCUUCACAACUAACAUGCAACGUUGUCUGGUCCCAUAAUGAAAGGUGCCACAAGUCAGCUUUCAAUGCCCCCAAUUGUUAAGGCAGCUUUAAACGUGCCACUUUUUAUCAUUUAAUCCCAAAGGUUACAAGUUUCAGUAUCACCGGAUCGAUCUUCAGUCCUUUGAAAAACCUUGCAGUCAUUUUGGAGUUAACGGAACAAAAGGUACUAAUCUUAAGCCAUAAUAUGCACGAGAAACGUCUAAACUCCCGUCAAUAAAACCUCUAAACUCUAAGUAAAAAAAAAAGGCUGUUGUUUUGAUCGAUUGUAUUCUACCCUCGUCUGGUGUUUCAACUAGCAUCGAGGACUUGCCAAGGAUUUUCAAGGACAAAAACCCAACCAUUUACUUUCGGAAAGAAAGAAGUGUUCUUCAGGUAACAGGAAAACCGUCCAUAUGGUUUUACUUCCAGGUGAUCAAUUCUUGGGCGUCAUUUUUCGCUUAGUUUUGUGUCUCUAACAGUUGGCCGUGAUGCUGGUUGAGACUUUGAUGCGAAUGAAAUGUUUAGAAAAUAAUUGUUGUUACAUUGCUGACGAUUCACCCGAACUUGCCAAAUAUGAAUACCCCGGCCGCCGCUCACACACUAGCCUGUGUAGCAGGCGCCGGUUUCUAUUUAGGCGAAGGAAGAAAAUCUCGUGGACACGUUAGGGGAGAAAAGGAGAGGAGGCGCCUGCCGCGGAGACCCUUGUAUUCAAUUUCCACCCCCAAGUUAAUAACGUCACAGCGCUGCAUUUAGUGACAAAAAUUUAUUGAAAGCAGAUCAUCUAAAGACAUGAAACCGACAUCAGGCCCAAAGGAAAAAAUACACCUAAGUAUGUAUUUUGGUUGUAUCUGCAUAAAGCAAACGACUCAAUUUUAAAUUCGGGUAAAGCUACACGACGAACAGGCUUACCUAAGUCGUCCCGUCCAGGCUUUCGUCAAUAACAGACGCUGCUAUAUUCGUGUUGAAAGUGAUAACGAUUUUAAAGAAAUUCAUCGCGGCCGCUUUAUGCUUUUCUUGCUGUAUUUCUUUUAAACAGUCCAGUUUUUCUUUCAAGUCACCUACUGACAUUCCAAUAAAGUUACCUCGGCUGCCUGAUCCUGAAUUAUGCUUUGCAACGGGGAAAUAACGACAAGGCUUGCAAAAUACGGUUCGGUAUUUGCUCUCCGAAUCCAGCUGGUAAUACUGCCAAGAGAUCUUUACCUAAAAAAGACGGCGCAAUGAAAACCAACAUCGAAAAUCUCUUCGAGCUAAGCCCUUUAAAAAAACUUCUUGCAUAGCCGUGUGAUUUGUUUACGAGACUUGAUUUCAGUUGACUGACGUUCCAAAAAAUGCAUUGACGUGACAGACUAACUCCCAAGAGGCGUACUUGGCCAAUGGCAUUUUACGCACCGUGACAUAACGUAGAAAACGGAAAACUAGGGCCUACGCUGCAGGCGCCUCCUCUCCCCUUCGUGUGUUCCCCUCGCGCGGCCUUUAAAAAAAUUACCGGUGCCUGCUACGUACGCAGGCUAUACCUUAACACACACACAUCCUUGCAGGAAGCAAUGGGCGUUUUUUUAUUAUUUCUGCAUGUUCUUUUUCUUAACUAACUAUAUAUUUUGAUAACUUCUGGUUUUUCACUUAAAGAUACCUCGGUUGUAAAAUUUGCGCCUGGAGCUUUCAAAGACACUUUUGAAUACAUUGGUAAAAGAGAGAGCAGGGCAGAUUUGGAGUUACUCAAUGCUUACAUGACUGACGAAACCGGGACGAUCAAAAGUCCUGGUCUGAAACCGGGAAUAAGGGACACAGUGACCGCUACCUGGAAAGUGGAAGACCUUUGGCUGCGUGAAAAGACUGAGCUGACACAAUAUUUGGUGUGGAGAUAUAUUGGAACAGCAGAUGGGGUUUUCAGGCAGAUGCCUGGUGCUGUAUCUCAGAAAAGUUACGAUCCCAGACAAAGACCCUGGUAAGUGAGAACUCAGCAUCAGUUAGGCAAAACAAACAAAAACAAAAGAAAAGAAACAACAACAACAAAAACAUGUGGGAUAUUAACACCUAAUUCAAAUUUUCGAAGGCUUUCCUUCGUCUUGAACCGGAAUGGCCCAGCGUUUGAAGCUGUUUGAGAUUGCAGCCAAGAUCACGGUAUAACCUCGGUCUCGGAAAACAGGGUCAACUGAGUGAGGCACAGCAUAUCGCCAGUGGUCUCAAUGCAUCACGUGAAAGAAGAGGGAAGUAAAGUCGGAAAUAUUCCACCCUUGCGAUCGAGGGAUUUCUAGUGUUCCUCGACAUUUUUCUUUAGUUAUUGUUUGGUUCCUCCUACGUACAACUGUAAACCUGACCGCACAAAUGUAAAACAUAUCACGCAACACGUGAUUUUAUAUACGACAUCGCUCUUUUAAAUUAGACCUUAGACCUCACUGAGUCUUAUAAAGGUAUUUAAGGGUGUCUCAAACUGUCUUUAUGUAGUGAAUAUUGUUUUAAACACUUUUGCUAGAUUAUAUCCUUAGUUUAAUUUUUCUUUUCGUUUGUUUUUGUGUGUGGUCUGUAUGAUAAUGAAUUUGAAACGAAAUAAAUUUAAGCACAGCAUAUGUUCCACAAACUACAGUCACUUGACGUGUAAAAUUAUUUGCUUCACUUACAUUAGGUAUUAUUCGGCCUUGGGUAACACUGGUCUAGUCACUCUCACGACCCCAUAUUUGGACGCCGGCCAACCCAAUGGUAGAGGUGCUGGAGUGGUUAUAACUGUCGCCCGCUCCCUGUAUCGUGGGGAGUCAAGUCACCAUCAUCACACAAAUGACGAAGUUUUUGGAGUUAUGGGAGCUGAUUUCUCAUUAACGUAUUUCUAUAGGUAAGCCCAAAACAACGCUCGCGCAUUUGACUCAAACAUUCCCGAUUUGUGCCAGGAAUGUUUUUGUUAAACUGAAUAAAAAUGUCAUGGGACAAUUUAAUGUUUUGAUAAAAAAAAAAAAUAGUUUCACAUUUUAACGAACUAAAGUAAUAAUCAGUCAAGAACAAUUAGGCUCAAAAAGUGCUUUUGGGGACGAUUAAAAUGGUAGAAAUUGCUACCUUCAGAGAUGGUUUGAUUUUUUUUUUAUUGCCUUAAGAUUCUUCUAUCUUGUUCCUCCUCCUCCUCCUCCUCUUCCUCCUGCUUUAUCAGUACUUUGUCUUCUCCUUCUUCCUCAGUCUUUAAAAAUUCAUUAAUAGCAGAGUUCGGCGCGCGAAGCGCGCCUGCGGAGCACCAUGGGUAAGAAAAUUUGGUAAACCAUCCGUCCGCGGAAAUUUGGUUAUGACGUAGCGUACGCCCGUACACUCUUUGCGGGGGAGGGAAGGGAAUCAGGUGUCAGCCCGUCCGGGGGAGGAGUAUGUUAUAAAUCGCGCGAUGCAUUUGUGCAACCCGCCUUUUUCUUGGCGGGAAAUCGCGCAAGAAAUGGCGUGGCUGUCGUCGCGUUCAAAAACAUGUUUACUUCAACUACUUCAUUGCAUAAGGAUUUUGUGACCGUAGUGCUCAAUUUCUACUAAACUGUUUCGAAAAAUUGUUAUGGCAACAAACAAUAGCGGAUUUAAUUCAAACUAUUUGCUUGUAAGUGAAGAGCGACGGGAAAGAGAAAGAAGAGAAAGGCAUAGAGUAGGAAUUAACAGGCGUGCUAGCGAAGAGGAUUCAAGUCGAAAAUUUAUGCAGCAUCUGCGACUUGUUCACUGAUAGCUGAAGCUGACUGAGUUUUGAGUCACCUUGUGAUGUUUUUACCUGUCUUUUUGCACUGGAUCUACAAAAUGGAAUACAGCAGCUAUCAACAUUCUUUUGUUAUUCUUUGCUGGCUUGUUUACUGGGUUGUGGUUGAGAAAUGUGCCGACCGACAAAAAGAAAUCGGGAAUCAUCGUUUUCAAAAAUAAGCUACUUUUAGUACGCUUACUUCGCCUUGCUGGACUAUCCGAAAAGUCUUAAGCGAAUCUGGCCUUACUUGAUGGGUUUCCGCGCUGCAUCUCGACCGGUAAGCUUGAGUAACGAAUUUUUUUCCUCCCGAGGCCUAGAAUAGGCAAAAAUCAUGCGAAAUUAGAGUCAUAUUCAGUAACCCGUAAAUUUUAAAAUAGAGUUGGCUACUAAAAUAUAAUGACACUUCGUAUUUUUUUCUAUCUUUCCUCUAUAAUUUUAACUGAUUAGUUCGCGAUUUGGUCAACAAGAGAUUUUUAAAGAAAUUUUCAAAGUUGUUGACUCAAAAUCGCUUAAUCAACCGUCAAAAUUUAGCACUUUUUCACGAGCUAAAAAAGCGGAUUGGUACAUGGCUUUGAACACCAAGGCUUGUUUAGUCUGAAAGAGCAUUCUUUUCUCUUCAAAUUAGCGAAAUAAAAUUUUGGGUAAAUGAAAUCACGAGCGCUGACAAAGCCAAGCAAAUGUAAAUAUUACACUAAAAACGGGCGAAAAAACGUGACCUCUGACCGAAGCACAACCAAAUGCGAAUUACGGUACAAUGGCGGAUUCAGGGGACGGUACAGGGGGGCCGUGCUCUACGUUAUUUUUUUUUUCGGCCCAAAAAGCCGAAAAGAAAUUGAGACCGCCUCCUCCCCCUUAGUCAGGGUCUGGAUGACCGCCCCUCCCCCCCUCCCUUAUCUGAAGAUAUGGAUCCGCCACUGCUCUAUUGACUAUUUUCAUUUGAAAUGAAAUUUUUAGGUUACUCACGGAAGUGUAUCCAAAGUGUAGAGAAAGAAAUGUGUAUUCGUGCUUCGUUAUGGAUAGCGCUGGAUUCCUUAUCAUGCAUGAAGACUUCCUAGCACAUUCUGAAAUGGCCCAAGACUUGGAAUAUGUUCACAUUACUAAUAAAGAAAAGAAUAUCGCAGAGCAUCUCAUUACAAAUGGCUACUUGAAAAAACGAGCAUGCCGCAACCUAAAGGAAAUCCAAAAGCAGAGUUUUUAUGAAGUUGAUUUGCCGGAUAGGGGAGUUGACGUUCUGAAGAGUGGAGACAGCUGCAGUAAAUACCAACUCAACAAGAUUGUUGGAACUAAUGCUUACCUAGGUGUGUAAAUGACGUUUACGUAUAUAGUUGUCGUCUGCUUCAAUAUGUCGCGGGUGAACCACAGAAUUUUGCAAAAGAUGAGCAAAGUACUUCCAAGGUUGCUACUUACACUAUAAAAACUUUAAUCAUUACCAAUACGCUGUUUACGACUAAAUGUUUAAAAAGUUCUAAGUGCAGGUAAACUGAAACUGCUGUUGCUAUCGGCGCCAUUUGUCAAUAUAAUCUAACUCGUUCACGUUGAAAAAAAGCUCACUUAUUUUUUGUUUAAAAUCAACAACAACUAUGUAUUUAUUAACAGAACUAUAAUGUUUUUCAGAUGAAUACACGAACCACUUCAUUCAUGAAGUAUUUGCCCAUAAACCUCACUUAAUAAAACAACAAUAACAACAAAAAAACGUCAUGGCAAAAUUUCGCCGAUGGAGCUAUGCUCUUUGAGUAAAAAGAGACAGGUUUCUCGUUUUACGAUCAUUCCUAAAACAGACGUACUGAAGCGAGACUAGAGAAAAUUUAUGAAAACAAAUUAUCCAAAUCAUUAGCAUGGAAAGAGUUAACCUGAGAACAGGCGUUAUUUUUUAUUUAUUUUUUUAUUUUUUGCUUCUUUACUUCUUUGGCUCGAGAGGGGAAAAAAAUAACACCUGAUACAUAUAUUUAACAAGCCGUCACCCGCCCCCUAAUUUACAUAAUCUAACGUCUGCUUGACCUGUCAUGUUAUUAGCCAAUAAGCGUUUACCAUAAGGGAAUCAAAUUUUGGCGCGAAUAAUGUCUCUUUUCAAAUCAAUUUUAGGGAAAAGAAAAUUUUUAAGUACGUCCAUGUUCAGAUGGCGCUUUCAAAAAAAAAAUUUAAAUGUGUUGUUUUUGUGAAAUACUGCUAGCUGGAGCUGCCGUACCUUUAUUUAACAGCUACAAAUAAUAAAGAAUUUACUGGUUAUAGAUCGUUGACUUCGUUCUGUACCGAAAGCAGUGAAAAAAAAAUUAGGCUGAAGCACCAUAUUUCACGAACUGAAAGGUGUUGUGAAAACGAAGAUCGCUCAGAAUAAUUCGCAGGUUUCUGAAGGAGGAAUUAGAGUCAAACCAGGUCAAGAUUCCAUUCAUGAAUUGAUUAUUUGAAAAGUGAAUCCGUUUGUCGCUUCUGUAACUUGUAGCCGAUAUCAAAUUGCAUUCAAAUGAUCGGCGAAUUUUUAGUAUACGAUGAGAUGGAAAAUAUUUCAAUGGAUGAAAUUUCUAUUCAAGCAUUCUUCAAAUUCAAGAAAAAUGAGCCGGCAGAAAUUUCAUAACGAAUUCGCGUGUGUAUUCACUGCUCAUUACGCAAGCAAAAAUGCAGACUGAAAUCAACAACAACUAACAGAUGGCGGCAUUUUGGCCAAUCGGAACGGCGCAAAUCAUUCGUAUUGUUUCCUAUCCAAUCAGAAAAAAGUCCAGAUUCUGGCGUUUUUACAUGUGAUCCGACAAAGAAAUGUAUCAUGCCCUCUUCCCGUGAGAGACAUGAAGGGUUAAUAGGGAGAGGGCAUGAUCUCAGGCUAGGAAAGAGUUUACAGAAUGGUUCUUAUCGACUGAAGUGUUACCUUGGUAUUACCUAUAUGUCUACUUUAUCUUUCCACAGGAGUUACUUUGAAGGAUUCUUUGUGUGCUGCUGAAUCAUGUACCUGUUCUUCAGAUAACAAGUGUUUUCGUUCGUCCACAAAGUGUGAAUGUCCCUGUACCUCUGAGCUAGAAUUUAACUAUUGCCGAAGUCAGUUUCCAAACAGCAGGUCAGUUUUGACAGCAGUGCUGCUCUAAGAUCAGUCAAUAAUUAACUGUCACUAUUUUUAGCUGUUCAAAGAACAUUAACAUUAAGCAUGAAAAACGCUUGGUCUCUUGACUUUUUGCAUUUAUCUGAGCUUUUUUAAAAAAUAAAAUCCAAAGUGGCCACCAUUUUGAAUGAAUGACCUACAACAUAUAAAUGCAUGUAGGUCUCCAAGAGCGAAAAAGCAUGAAGGGCUUAUCCAAAGCCCAAACCGCAUGAGUCACUUUUUGCAAAAAAAAUACAGUCUUCCCACGCUAUCCCUUUUACCACGUUUGACGCAUGGAUUUUCGUGCACAUCCGUUAUUAGUAAUGACACUAACAAACGCCCAUUUGUAUCUUAUGGUUUUCAGUCUUCCAAUAUGCCCGCCUCCAGCCCCUUUGUUGCAGUUACCAAACAUCCCCACCCCACCUGACUCCGGGAAGAAAUGUCAUGAUCCUAAAGCAUCAUUAGAGAAAUGCUUUGAUCCUCGCUGCAGUGAGAGAAACAGCUCUCAGACGUGCGAGGGAAUAGUCAGCUGUUACUGGUGUGUGUACAAUAAAGACAGCGUCCCGUUAAAGAAAUCUUACUGCGCAACUGCUGAAGCAUGCUUCAGAGGAAAAGAAGGUUUGACAAUUCAUUGCCUAUCAAUCAACGUUUUGGUUUGAUAUCUAAAUCGAAAAUAGCUUCUACAUUAAGUCUUUCCAAGUCUUUGGAGUUACUGAAUUUGCAAGUAAUGAUUAUUAGCAAUUAUUGAAUGAGGCUGAGUAGGAGGUGAACAAUUAUGCAGAUUGAGGAGGAUGUUUCCUACCGAUUCUGAAGGCCGAGGUUGAUAACAUCUUCCUCGAUCUACAUUAUCCUUCUAUGACGAAAGCCAAAUUCAAUUUUUUUUUUUAAAUAUUUUUAAGUUCUUAAAAGGCUUAUGUCCUCUUACUUCUACUUUCUUCUAAACUCUGGUCUCGGCACAGUUUCAGGAUAUAAAUUCACAUACAGGUUUUUUUUCUCUCAGAUACUCCUCAAAAGUCGAUAUCAUCCAUCGAGCAAUAUAUUUUGAGUAUUCUUGCUUUCCUUCCGUUCCGUUUUAGUCAGAAAUCCAGCUAUUUCGUUUUCGGAUUGUUGGAAAGCCAUUUUUCAGUCCACUUGUGAAUAAACAGCUAGGCCGCUGCACCUGGAAAAGAGGUUGAUCGAUGGUCUAUUAUCCAUCACGGCAGCCUCGUUUUCAAUCAAAUGUACGAUCGAUCAAUCCCGUUUCUAAUCAAAUAUCAUCUAAUCGAUGUUAUAGUGCUCGCAUCUUCCAAAUUUCGUCGGCUCCGGAUGGUUAUGAAGAAUAAGCCGGGGAUUGGAGCCAAUCAGAAAGUGCGAAAUGUUAAUUUUGAAUAAAUAAUAUAAUGAUGAUAAUAAUAGCAACCAUAAAGGUAAUAAUAACGAAAAUGAUAAACAAGUGUGAGCUAGAUGAAUGAACAUUCUCUCGUAGUUCUUUUACAUUCUCAAAUAAUAAUCACUUUUCAUUAACUUUUCUUUAACAGCCCAAAGUCUGCCACUCUGUGUCGCUCCCAUCAAGUCAACUAAGGAGUCUUUAGUUAAAAGUGGGGACAGUUUUAGUAGGCUAUCUAUUGGUGCCCUGGCUGGAAUAAUCACUGGUGUAUGUGUGGCUGGUGUGGUCCUCAUAGCAGCAAUUUCUGUUAUGGUAAGCAUUCAAAGUUUGAGUGUCGGCAUUGAUUUCAAGUAAAAGCAGGGAUAAAUAAUUGAAUAAGUGAAAAUUAUAUUUCACUGGAAAUUUUUCACAUUCUGCCGACAAAGAAAUUUCCUUCUUACUCCACUUAUUGCUUCUUAUUGACCGGGUCGAGAAUUCUUUAACUCACCUAGUCCUCCUUUAGCUUUUUAGCUUUAGUAAGUUUCCUUGGUGAUCGCAGAAUUAUUUAGCCCGUUGUCAUUCGUGAUAUUCAGCGACAACAGAAUAAAAUACCAAAAUGUAUUUUUAAUACGGUCCCUUGGAUCGCUCUGGCCUUAUAAAUGAUCUGGGAGAUAACCAGUCAAAUAGACCACCAUGACUUCUAAAUGACAAAUGUGAGCGUUUUCAGCUAAAAGACGGCGGUGUUUUACAAAGCUUCUUUGGUUUCGGAAAUAAGUUAAGUGCCUACUGUUGUCGUAGAAAAUUAAGCUCAUUUGCCACUUCCUUAGUUUUUCUAUAGAUUUCUGUUGAUAACAAGAGCUUCAUGCAUUGUAGAAUACACUUUUGUAAUUUUUGCGAAAGUCAAACUUUCUGAGACUGGUAAUUUAUUAAGUCUUUUUCGAAAAUGCAAGUCUGAGUUUAUAACCACAAUGGCAGCACUAAGCUCUCUGUAAAUCACGACUUUCUUAAACAAUAAACCAGAACCAGUCUAUUGUAAUGAGGGAAAUAACAAAGCUUGUUAUGUUUGUGAUAUUAAAAGCACUAAUUCUCUUGUUUUGGAUCUGUAGAAACUAACUUUCCAUCACUGUUCUGUCUGUUAAAUUUUUAAAAUGCCUCAACGGCGCGAGCUGCCUCAUUACGUCUUCAUGUAAUUACCCGAAUUAAUUGUCCAUUCGCUUUUGAAAAAAAAGAAAAGGUUAUUUAACUCAGUACCCUCUCUCACUCUCUCUUUUUUCUUUUUACAGGUCAGAAGGCGUUUCCGUUUGUCUAGAAGACCAUCUAUGGACAAAGAGACAAAUAAUGUUCCCAAUGUUAAAAAACGCCCUCCUGCACCUCUUCCCAUUUUUCCGGCUGAGUUUGUUCCACAUGUUAACUAUGAAGAUCCCGAUUCUCUAGGUCGGUCUCGAGAAGGUUCUGUAAUCUCAUUAGAGUGGCCAUCACCUUAUAAUGAAAUACGGGAUCGAUCGAGAAACAAGCCAUCAAUGAUUUCUAGUAAGGAGAGAGAAUCAUCUAACGGUCUUGCUCCUGUCAGGCCUCCAACCCAAAGCCUACCGCCUUCCUCUGAUAGAAUAAAGGAAAUAACCGCGAGUAACCUUCCAGCUGCUUGCCACCCUCAGUCGCCUACUUCAAGAGUUAUACCACAUGCGCUCGAAAGCGAUGCAGUUUCAGAGACCGAGAACGCAUGUGAUGGCUAUUCACCACAACUCCAUGAAGAUGAGCAAUCCGAAGUCCCUGAAAAUCAAAGCUCGUCUUUUACAAACAGGUCAUCUCACGAACAUCCGACAUUGACAACAAAGAAUCCAUUGUACGUUGAGACUUCUAUAUCCUCAGACCACACGCUUAUAGGCUACUGGUCACCAUAUGACAAUCUACCUCCUCCUCUUCCUGAGCCAAGAAAAGACGCUGAUGUAUAUAUGUCACCGUUGACGUUACCACAGAGGCCUAUCAUUGACCUAUCACCACCAGAAAAUGAUAACUCUGAGUGCUUUGAUGAACAUGGUUACUUAAAAUGUGUUGCUUCAAAUAGGUUUGAUUUCGGGUGA